GCAGCCCGAGGUUAGCGGAAGCGGCCGCUCGGCGCUGCCAUGUUGAGCCGCCGCCGCCGCCGCCGCUUUGUUGUCGGCUCCAUGUAGCUGCGGCCCGGGGGAGGGAGCGACGGGGGGACCGCCCGCCGCAGCCGCCGCCGCCGCCGCCCGGGGCCGCGCCGCCCCCGCCAUGGAGGCCAACUGGACCGCGUUCCUCUUUCAGGCACACGAAGCCUCCCAUCACCAACAGCAGGCAGCACAGAACAGUUUGUUGCCUCUCCUGAGCUCUGCUGUUGAGCCGCCCGAUCAGAAGCCGAUUCUGCCCUUACCAAUAACGCAGAAACCUCAGCCUGCACCAGAAACAUUAAAGGAUGCUAUUGUUGGGAUUAAAAAGGAAAAACCUAAAACCUCCUUUGUGUGCACUUACUGCAGCAAAGCUUUCAGGGACAGCUACCAUUUGAGGCGUCACGAGUCCUGCCACACAGGGAUAAAGUUAGUGUCACGGCCAAAGAAAACUCCCACCACAAUGGUGCCCCUUAUCUCGACCAUCGCUGGUGACAACAGCCGGAGUUCACUGGUUUCGACUAUCGCAGGCAUCCUGUCCACAGUCACUACAUCUUCCUCUGCCACCAACCCCAGCAGCAGCGCCGGCGCCACGGCCAUGGCGGUCACGCAGACGGUGAAGAAGCCCAGCAAGCCCGUGAAGAAGAACCACGCUUGUGAGAUGUGUGGAAAGGCCUUCAGGGACGUCUACCACCUCAACAGGCACAAGCUGUCCCAUUCGGACGAGAAACCCUUCGAAUGUCCCAUUUGCAAUCAGCGCUUCAAGAGAAAGGAUCGCAUGACCUACCACGUGAGGUCCCACGAAGGCGGCAUCACGAAACCCUACACCUGCGGUGUUUGUGGGAAAGGCUUCUCAAGGCCUGAUCAUUUAAGCUGUCACGUUAAACAUGUUCACUCAACAGAGAGACCCUUCAAAUGCCAAACGUGCACUGCUGCCUUUGCCACCAAAGACAGACUGCGGACACACAUGGUGCGCCAUGAAGGAAAGGUAUCGUGUAAUAUCUGUGGUAAACUUCUGAGUGCAGCAUAUAUCACCAGCCACUUAAAGACACACGGGCAGAGCCAAAGUAUCAACUGUAAUACCUGUAAACAAGGCAUCAAUAAAACAUGCAUGAGUGAAGAGACCAGCAACCAGAAACAGCAACAGCAGCAGCAGCAACAACAACAACAACAGCAGCAGCAGCAGCAGCAGCAACAACAACAACAGCAGCAACAACAACAGCAGCAGCAGCAGCAGCAGCAGCAGCAGCAGCAGCAACACGUAACAAGUUGGCCUGGAAAGCAGGUAGAGACCCUGAGAUUGUGGGAAGAGGCCGUCAAAGCAAGGAAGAAAGAAUGUCAGUUCACCUUUGAGAAGGCUAUAGAGUACGUACCAUUCGAAGCUGCUAACUUGUGCCAAACCUCCACUGCUGCUACUACGCCUGUGACUCUUACUACUCCAUUCAAUAUAACGUCCUCUGUGGCUUCUGGGACUAUCACAAACCCAGUCACAGUGGCAGCUGCAAUGAGCAUGAGAAGUCCAGUAAAUGUAUCAAGUGCAGUUAAUAUAUCCAGUCCGAUGAACUUAGGGCAUCCUGUAACUAUAACCAGUCCUCUGUCCAUGACCUCUCCAUUAACGCUCACCACCCCGGUGAACCUGCCCACCCCAGUAACUGCUCCAGUGAACAUAGCACACCCCGUCACCAUCACGUCCCCCAUGAACCUGCCCACCCCCAUGACGCUGGCUGGUCCCCUCAACAUAGCCAUGAGACCAGUGGAGAGCAUGCCUUUCCUGCCCCAGGCCUUGCCCACCUCUCCUCCCUGGUAAACAAGUUCUAAACAGUAUUAAAAAGGAUUAAAAUGGAAUCCUUACCAGCAGUUCUUUUUUGGGUUUUGUUUGGUUGGGUUUUUUUUUUUUUGUUUUGUUUUGUUCUGUUGGGUUUUUUUGUUUUGUUUUGUUUUAGUUUAUAAUAAAUUCAGGCUAAGACACUGGGGCAACAUCAUCAGAGACCACAGUAGCAUCUUCCCCUUGAUUUGGCUCACAUGGUUCAGGCUUGAGUUUCACUGGAGCACUUCAUUUAAAGUAAGUUUUACCUUGUAGCUGACUGAUGCUGAAUUAGAGCAGAUACUUAUUUGCCAGAGUUUUUUUUAAAAAAAAGGAAAAAAAUUAAAAAAUAGGUAAUAAAAAAACAGUUUUAUGUUUUAUCCCCUCAAAUUAUAACUUAGAAAAUUAUUUUAAUCUAAACACUAGCGAAGACCCCUCUGUAUCUGUGACAGGGUGGAUGGCUCAUUUUAACCUGCCAGGCAAGUCCACUGUUUCUGAGCUAGUGUAGAACCUUUGUCUGUGUUGAUGUUUUUUUGGUUUUCUGUUUUGUUUUGGUUUUUUUUUUUCUAAUGAGUAAAUGCAUUACAAUGUUGUCAUUUAAAAGAAAAUGCAUUUUUGGAGAAAAUAUGCAUUUUACCUUUGGGAAUAUGGUAAUUUCAGGCAGCAUUCCCUAUGGGAAAGGUGAUACCAGCUCUGAUAUGCAAAGCAUAUGAUAACUUAUCAUUCUAACUUCAACAUAUAAUAGGGAUUGUGACCUGAUAUUUGGAGAUGUAAAUAUUACCCAACAUAUUACCCUAAGGGAAUAGAGCAUUGUAGUCAACAUUUUUUAAAAAAAACAACCUGUUAUUGUUUGGUGAGAAACAGCCAUGGCUGACAGAAGAGGAGUCAAAAUGUAUGUAAACAUGGUCUCUGAACAGUCAGAACCCCAUGGGACUCUUAUCUAGGAGCAAAAGGAGUGCUUGGAAACUUAAGGAAAAUUGCUUUAAGCUGGAAGAUUCUGGAGGCCCUGGGUGUGAUUUUUAUGCCCUCUGCCUCCCAGUCAGAGCCUGCUGGUGUUUCAGCAGGGGACAGACGUGUUAGUUGUUCACUAGAAGUUUUGUCUUAUAUUAAAUUGUAUACAGUUUUUAUUCUAACCACUAACUAGGUAGGAUGCCCCUCCAGGACAAGCAGAGAGCGUCUUUUAAUUUCUCCCCUAUUUUUUAAUCAAGUGUUGUGCAAAUCUGUUCAACUUUGUAAAUAUUUGCAAACAUCAUCAUUUUUACGUUAUUCUUCUAUUGUGUUAACACAUUUCUAUCAAUUUGUGAGAGUUCUGGGGUGCUGAGCUGUCCAGCCCAGAACUGCUCAUAAAUGGUCACACAUGUUUAAGCUACAUGUGCUUUUUUUUCUUAACCUGUUUAUCUGUACAUAAAGUAGAAAGCAAAGUCUAGGGAAACAGAUAUACUUUUUAGACUAUCAUGUCACAUAUUCACAUUUUUAAAACUUUGUUUAAAAAAAAAAAAAAAAAAAAACAAACCACCCUAAACCCAACCUCUACAUUAAAUUAAAAAAUAAAGAGGAGAAAAAAAAAAAA